UUUCUCUAGAAAUUUAAGGGCUUAUAAUUUCUUUUGUGAUAUUCUGUGUUCCUAUCUGUCCUUUCUCUUUGUGGUAUUGAUUAAUUUCGUUGGUUCCUAUUCAAUCCCUUUCUAUUUCUACUUUUAAUUAUUUGAAAGCUGUUCUUUUAUUAGGAUAUUUAUAUGAUUGCUCAAGAGGAGCAUAUAUUAGAUUUGUUUUUGUAUUCGUUCUUAGCAAUUAUAGUGAAAAGCUUGAGUUUUGACUUAGUUAGAUAUUGGGUUUUUAAUUAAUCGUAAGUAUUGGAUCUUCUUUGUUACUAGAUUUUAAUGGGGAUAUUGGAGGAGUUCUAAAGAAGGAAUUGAUUUAGUGAGUUUUGAUCAGAUGGGGAAUACUUGUGUUGGUCCUAGCAUGUCAAAAAAUGGUAUUUUUCAAAUGGUCUCGGCUGCUAUGUGGCGAUCCCGUGCACCAGAAAACAAUGGUUCAUCCAUCAAUGGAGAGAGUGUAAAAAAUGAGAUUCCAACCUCUGAUAAAGAACCCGAGUCACCAAUGCCAGUACAAAGCACUGCACCUAAACAAGUGACAAUUCCAAAACCUGUUACAAAACCAGAAGAACCGGCCAAUUCGAAGAAGCCUCCACAUAUGAAGAGAAAUGCCAGUGCAGGACUUAGGACUGAUUCUGUUUUACAAAGGAAAACAGGGAAUUUGAAGGAGUAUUUUAGUUUGGGGGAGAAACUAGGACAAGGCCAAUUUGGGACAACAUUUAUUUGUGUGGAAAAGUCAACUGGGAAAGAAUAUGCAUGCAAAUCAAUUGCGAAGAGGAAGUUGUUGACUGAUGACGAUGUGGAGGACGUUAGAAGGGAAAUUCAGAUAAUGCAUCAUCUGGCGGGUCAUCCUAAUGUUAUUUCCAUUAAAGGGGCUUAUGAGGAUGCUGUGGCUGUUCAUGUUGUUAUGGAAUUAUGUGCAGGGGGUGAGCUUUUUGAUAGAAUAAUUCAACGUGGGCAUUAUACUGAAAGAAAGGCAGCAGAACUCACUAGGACUAUAGUUGGAGUGGUAGAAGCUUGCCAUUCUUUGGGGGUUAUGCAUCGUGACCUCAAGCCGGAGAAUUUUCUUUUUGUUGAUCAGGAGGAGGAAUCACUUCUCAAAACAAUUGAUUUUGGUUUAUCAAUAUUCUUCAAGCCAGGGGAAAGUUUUUCCGAUGUGGUAGGUAGUCCAUAUUAUGUUGCACCAGAAGUUCUUCGGAAGCGCUAUGGUCCUGAAGCCGAUGUCUGGAGUGCUGGAGUGAUUGCUUACAUUUUACUAAGUGGAGUUCCUCCUUUCUGGGACGAAACUGAACAAGGAAUAUUUGAACAAGUACUCCAUGGAGAUCUUGACUUCUCAUCUGAUCCCUGGCCAAGUAUAUCAGAAAGUGCAAAAGAUUUGGUAAGGAGGAUGCUUGUUCAGGAUCCCAGACAGCGUUUAACUGCACACGAAGUUUUGUUCGUUCUCCUUUGACACCUCUAUGUGCAAGAAAUUGAAGCUUAAGCCGAGCUUGCGAAGCUAGCAAGCUGGCUCAACUUGUUGAAGGUUGCUGCUAAGGCACAUCCUUGUCUAUACACUGCCAAGACCAUUUCCAUACAAGACUUAAAGGGUUAAUAGCACAAAACGUCCCUACGUUUGACACUUAUUGCGAAAAAUGUCCCUACAUUUCAUUUUUUUUUGCAUUUUCAUCCUUAUUUCAACAUUUCAUUGCUAAAAAGCCAUUUUCACGAUUUUUGAAUGUAAAAUUACCAAAAUACCCUCCUAUUU